AUGCGUACCCUGGAUCUGCGGACAAAACAACAGAGUCGGAACUGUGAGGCGCUCGUUUCGUGGCUGUACUCCUUGUUGCUUGGUAAUGACAGCGAAGUGGUUCAUCGCACCGUCGCUGAAGUCAAACACUCCAGCCUGCAGAGGAACGAUAUGGCGUGGCUCCGGAAACAGAUUCCCGGUGGCUUCGGAUCCGUCUUCAUGAUCGUCAUGCGAACAGAGGACUACGCCCGUCGCGUGCCAAGUAAGCUCCAUGUAUUUCAGCAUGCGACCAGCCUCGGCGGCGUCGAGAGUCUGAUUGAGUGGCGAAAGAUGACCGACAACUUUGCGGCAGGGGACAUCAUCCGAAUUAGCGUGGGCAUUGAGUCAAUUGAAGAUUUGAAGGAGGAUCUGCUCAAUGGCUUGAAAGCGGUCCUCGAAAAUGCCGCGAAUGAUACCGCGGAAUAG